AUUUCAGUCAGUCAUUUGUGUGUAUGCAGGUGUGGGACAUUCCAAAUGUUCCAAAAGUGAGCACUCCACGAAUGGACAACAGUUUGCCAGGACCUCUCAGGCUCCCACAACCAGCGUCUGAUCGGGAUGGAGCACCAACCCCUCCAUGAAGAGGUCCAGUCUGCCCCGGGUCAGAACAACUUCUAUAGCAACUACACAAAUGUGUAUGCACUUAUCAUUAUUGAUAGCCAGUCUGAGCCAGAAGACAAAAUGGAGCAAAGCACAGAAUACCUGACUGCGGAGGACAUUGCUGCAGAACUCUCUGCAAAAAGAACAAAUACAUCUUGCAGCAGGUUCAAUAUUAAUAGAGCCAAUGUGUGGGAUGGAGCAAUCAGCGGCUUCAAAGGUGCCUCAUUCGAUCCCUCUCAUGAGAUGUCAGUUAAGUUCACUGAUGAUGAGGGACAAACUGAGGAUGGAGUGGACACUGGUGGUCCCAAGCGUGAGUUCCUGACCCUCCUUAUGGAAUGCCUGAGAAUAUGAAGAAAACAUCACGUCAGCAACU